AUGCAGGACUCGUCUGUCGGGCUGUGGGGCCCCUGUAUAUGGGGCUGGCGCUAGGGCAGGGCCCAGCCUGAAUGCCUCAGCUUGAGUAUCCGCCAUUCGGGGCUAAAUUGACUGGUCAGAGGUACAGGAGCCUGCUGAUUUGUUGCCAGAUACAACGGAGGAGAGCCAUUGACACCUGUGUCUUCAGCUGCCACGGAGUGGGGCAAGUGUGCCGGUGACUUUGCUGUUGGCUAGCCACAAAGCAAGAAAGGCAGCGGUGUGGAAGACGAUGACUCACAUGCUUUUGCUCUACUGCUUAGUGUUUCUUUUGCCCACAGAAUCCUGCAGGACAUUAUGCCAGGUUGCUAACAAAAGCAAGGAGAUGUCUCCCAGGCCACAAGGUGUAUGCGAUGGCGUCUGUGUGGACAAUUCCCACUGCAGUCAACCUUGCCCUCCAGACUCACAGGGAAAUAUGGGGUUCUUAUGCAGGCAGAAGAAAUGGCACAAGAUCACUGAAACCUGUCAGACUCUUAAUGCCUUCAACAUCUUUGAGACAAAUUUAUAUUCGAUCCAACCACUAGGAGGAAAUACAAAAGUAGAUGAGUAUGCCAGAAAGCCUGAGACCAUCACAGACAGGCUGAUGCAAACGUGUCCGAAGGAUUUGUCCUGUGUAAUCAGGAACAUUCGGCAGUCUCCCCGGAUCCCGGGAAACAUCGCUGUCAUUGUGCAGCUCUUACACAACAUAUCCACGGUGUUAUUGACAGAUGUUGACGUGGCGAAGAUGAAGAGUUACAGCAUCAUGGCCAACCACAUUCUUAACAGCAAAAGCAUCUCAAACUGGACCUUCAUCCCGGACAGAAAUAGCAGCUGUGUCCUGCUACAAUCAGUCAACUCCUUUGCCAGAAAGCUAUUUAUAAAUAAAUAUCCGAUUGACAUAUCAGAUGUCUUCAUUCAUACUAUGGGCACUGCCAUAUCCCCAGACAACACUGGAAAGAAUUUCAGUUUUUCAAUGAGAGUUAAUGACACCAGCAGUGAGAUCACUGGGCAGGUGUUGAUCAGUAGAGAUGAACUUCGGAAGGUGCCCGCUCCUUCUCAGGCCGUCAGCAUUGCAUUUCCAACUCUUGGGGCCAUCUUAAAAGCCAGUUUUUUGGAAAACGUCACAGUGAAUGGGCUUGUCUUAUCUGUCAUUUUGCCCAAGGAACUUAAAAGAAUCUCACUGAUUUUUGAAAAGAUCAACAAGUCAGAGGAGAAGAGGACACAGUGUGUUGGCUGGCACUCCUUGGAGAGCAGAUGGGACCAGCAGGCCUGUCAAAUAACUCAAGAAAACUCCCAGCAAGCUGUUUGCAAAUGUAGGCCAAGCAAGUUGUUUACCUCUUUUUCCAUUCUUAUGUCACCCCACAUCUUGGAGAGCCCGAUCCUGACUUACAUCACGUACAUAGGCCUGGGCAUUUCUAUUUGCAGCUUGAUCCUUUGCUUGUCCAUUGAGGUCUUGGUCUGGGGUCAAGUGACAAAGACAGAGAUCUCGUACUUACGCCAUAUAUGCAUCGCUAAUGUUGCGGCCACCUUGCUGAUGGCUGAUGUGUGGUUUGUUGUGGCUUCCUUUCUUAGCGGUCCAGUGACACAUCACAGUGGGUGUGUGGCAGCAACAUUUUUUGUUCAUUUCUUUUACCUUUCUGUGUUUUUCUGGAUGCUUGCCAAAGCACUCCUUAUCCUCUAUGGAAUCCUGAUUGUCUUCCAUACACUGCCCAAGUCGGUCCUGGUGGCAGCUCUCUUUUCAAUCGGCUACGGGUGCCCCUUGGUCAUUGCUGCUAUCACAGUUGCUGCCACUGAGCCCGGCAAAGGCUACCUACGGCCUGAGGCCUGCUGGCUCAACUGGGACGUGACCAAGGCCCUCUUGGCCUUUGUGGUCCCAGCUCUGGCCAUUGUGGUAGUGAACCUGGUCACGGUCACACUGGUGAUUGUCAAGACCCAGCGACCCGCCAUUGGCAGUUCCAUGUUCCAGGAGGUGAGAGCCAUUGUGAGAAUCAGUAAGAACAUUGCCAUCCUUACACCACUGCUGGGACUGACCUGGGGAUUUGGAAUAGCCAUGGUCAUUGAUGACAGCAACCUUGCCUUCCACAUUAUCUUCUCUGUGCUCAAUGCAUUCCAGGGCUUCUUCAUCUUGGUGUUUGGAACAAUCCUGGAUCCAAAGAUAAGAGAAGCUUUAAAGGGUCGAGUAACUUCUGCAAAAUGGAUCUCCAGAAUCUCAGAGAAUCUUUCUACUGAUUUCUCUGGUCACCCCACCAAAGGGCCAAGCUAACACAGCCGGCUAUACUCCUAACUUGGGAGGUCGUACAUCCCGGGAAUGGCGGAGCCCCAGGAAAAAUGUGCUUACUCCUGUCUUCUUGCCUCUGGGGAGUAUGAAGGAAGCCUCCCAUGCUGUGGUGCUGAUGGAGGAAGAUGUGAAGUAUGGGGAGGGUGGAAGACCCCUCUGUCCAAGCUGCUCUGUGAUGCCGAACAUUUCUCCCCACCAACUCUCAAUGUAUAUAUACGCCAUGCCGGGCGUCCACAACGGGACAGAAAGACACAGUGGGCCGCAGCAGAGCCUUGGUCUUGUGGAGCCUCCAGCUCCAUGCUGUUGGGUCAUAUUUAUCCUCAGGAAGAGAGUCUGGUUCAUCUUGGCAAAGGUGGCCUAGGAUGUCACCUGGCUGGAUUCUGUGCGUUGCCAAGGGAGGGGCCCUCAUGAAUAGCCACCAACAGUUGGGCUGACUCUAAGUAGGUCAUGGCUGGUUCUUUGUACGAAAGGAAUCCAACUGCCAGCACAGUCCACCUGUCCAAAUUUAAAUUGAUUACACGGUUAGCCUGGCUUGGGCUUAGAGGCAACUUGGCCGUGAGACAAGUGAAAAACAUAGAGCUCUUAAACCAGAAAGAUGCUCAUUGUAAGUUAAGGAGACUGGAGCCUGGAGUGAUGGACCACAGCUAAUCAAGGCUCAAGCCAGAGCUAGAAACCCAAGUCUGCAGGCUCCCAGCUCUGGACUCAUGUCAUCUGAAGACAUGGAGCCACUGAGGGACGCUGUCAACUCUGAUGAUGUAAGAUUAACCCUCACCAACAAUAUGUGAUGUGAUGAGGAAGAGGAACCAUCAUAUUUCAAGUAGAGAGCUGCUCAUCUUCUUAAUGUAUGUAAACAAAUUUGACAUUCAAACAAAGAGAGAAGUACAAUAGAUAGAAACCCCUUCAGAGGAAAAAAGAAAGCUCCUUUAUAAAGCAAGCACCCAGGCUGAUGCAUGAGACCAACAUGAGUGGAUAAAGGAAAAGGAAGCAGCGAGUAGCCCCUAAUUAUCCUACCACAAAGCCAGUGUUAAUGAUGUUAUAUUACAAAUGGGAAAAUGAGACUCACUUGUGAAUGAGUAGGGGUCUCUCUCCAUCUUUCUUUUUUUACUGUAAAAAACUUUCUCUAAGUAAGGAAGCUUGAAAAAAACAAAAAAUACAAUAAAGAAGUCAACCCAAAGGGAGAAAAAUACACCAACCUGGAGAAUAAGUCAUCUUUCCAGUGGCAUGGCUUAUCUUGUGAUAAUAAUCGCAUUUUUCUCAAAUGAAGACAGAAAGGAAUUUUAAUUUGACAUUUCCUGGUAUUUCUGUAGAGUCUCUCCAAGGGAAGGGAGUGGGGCAGGGCAUAGUCCUGUUUUCGUAGCACAAAGAUCUCAGUACCAAGAAACAUCACUUACCCAGAGCCAAGGUAUUGAAGCGAGGCAGAAGCUCAUGAAACUAGAUAGUUAUAGAAUUAGAAAUCUGGAUAA